AUGUUUCAAAUGUUUCCGAAAUAUUGGCGAGGUCCACAAUAAUAUUUCCUGGGCUUUGGAUGGAAGCUUGGGGAACAAGCUACGGGAACAUGGUGAAACUUCCAAAGGAACACAUACCCCUCUGGAAGCUAGCCCCUAGCUCCCUCUAACCUGAUAAUUUUUUUUUGUUUUUUGAAUAUUAGCUAUCACCUUGGGCUGUCAUGUUCUAUUGCUGUUGUUAACAGCUGUGCUGCUUGUGGCCAGCUACGACAUUCUUCCAGUAGACUUCGGAAGGGUUCCGUUAAAUCUUGAAAAAGACGAUACCAAGCUGCGCUUUGAUGCGUGGAAUUUCGCUAAAUACGGCGGCGCUGUCACGGCGAAUCCUGCCAAAGCCGGAGCACAAAAUAAACGAGGCAUCACUUAUCAAACAUUACAGCUCGUUUAUGAAUACGAAAAUGGAAACAUCCUCACAAAAGGCAACCUACGCCAAAUGCAAGAGACUGAAAAUUCUGUUUUGCAAAAGAAAAUUUACAAAGAAAAACUCUGUCAACUUGUGCGAGGGCAAAAUGGGACGACGUUUUGCAAACCGGCCUUUUCUAUCCUACGUUUCUUCGACGGCAGUCAUGCAAAUUUACACCCGGAUUUUAAUGAUUCAAAUUUCACCAAUAUUUCACGAGUGCUUAUGACGGCUCGGAGUCUUAACUUGACGAAAGCAUUUCUCGCUUAUCACUUGGGAAAAGACGUCCGAUUUGAUCUGGUUAAUAACAUAGUAAGUUCUUCGUAUUGUCGAAGUUUACUGUACAUUGGCUGGCCGCUAGCAGGAUACGACAACGUUCAAGAAAACGAAGAUGAACAAACUGAAACGUUGGAUGAAUUGAUCUUCACAACAUUUGGUGAUAGUUUGGCGACGAUGGCUGAAGAGGGCGUAGGGAAGAUGAACUUUUACUACACAAAUACUGCAUUACGUAGGAAGGCAACUCAGGAACAGGUCAUCAAAGAUAUGCAGCUAGCAAUCUUAAGUUUCGUGUUCAUAGUUAUUUUCAUGUGGCUGCAAACUGGCUCGGUUUGGAUCACAGCGUGGGCGAUAUUCAGUAUUCUUUCCAGUUUCAAUAUCGCCAAUCUACUGUACCGAAUUGUUUUGGACUAUCGUUACUUCGGGGUGUUCCACGUCCUGUCCAUCUUCAUAAUCCUCGGAAUCGGAGCGGACGAUAUUUUUGUCUUCACCGAUACCUGGAAACAGUCGCAAGGAAAGCAGUUCCCCAGCAUGGCGCAUCGGUUAGAUUUUGUGUACAGACGAGCGGCCAAAGCCAUGUUCAUAACUUCAUUUACAACUAUGGUUGCGUUUCUUUCAAACGUCCCCUCGCCCCUUCUCGCUAUUUCUUCGUUCGGAGUGUUCUCUGCUGUCCUCGUCUUCGUAAAUUAUUGUUCAGUCAUCGUCUUCUUCCCUGCAGUGAUAAUAAUGCACGAAGCGCAUCGCAAGGGCAAAUGUUGUUGCUGUUUGCUCACGAGCUGCAAGUCACAGACGCCGGAAGGGGAUGGAAAUGGGACGCAGAAUGAAAGAAAGAAGCUGGCCAGUUAUAUUAUCGAAUUUUUCGAGGGAACCUUCUUUGAUAAAGUGGUCAGACAUAAGAUAACGCGUUGUGUGGUGUUGGUGUUGUUCUUCGCGCUGAUUAGCGUAUCUAUCGUGUUUGCUGCUGGACUGAAACCGAAUGAAGACCAGGUAUAGAAUGACUUUUUAUCGUCUCCAAUAUCAAAUCCCGAAAUCAAGGACAUGAUUAUUCUACUUCCUUAAAAAUUUACACAUCAUCGAUGCAUAAUCCGUUGAAAUAUGGCUUCUGCAGUAAACAGUAAAUUAUAUUACGCGAUGCUGUAAAUUGCAAAAUCAAAGAACACGGUAGGCCGUUUGCAAAUUGCCUCAAUGGACCAUUUACAUUAUAGACUAAAUUUUGAUCUAAACAAGUCUAGACAAAAAUUUCACAGCUUGAAAGAGCGUCACAAAAUUAGUGAUAUUCCAAAGUUUCGUUGCGAAAUGUUGUAAAAUGCGGAUAAUAUAGCCUUGCGAAGUUUGCCGUUUUUCAGUCAUUUUGUAUUACAAACGGGAAAUUGACAGCCCCAAAGGGUAUUGGGCUGUAAAUGCAAAUGGUCCAUUGCUGGUUGGAAAGCAUAGUUUGUACAAAUAUUUAGUGUAAUGUUUGCCUGGUUCAAGCAUGGAUAAUAAAAUAAAUUUUACAAUCCACGGUUCAAGUUAAUGCCUAUUCUGCAUUUUUGCUUAGUCAGUGCCAGUAAUGCGGUAUUCUUAUAUCGGAGUUAAAUAGACAGAUGUCGCAAAAACUGACCUAUUGAAAAUGCAGAAUAUACAGUAACCGAAAUCAGGCCAACAUUACAUUAAAUACUUCGACAUGCAGAGUUUGUUUUGCAGCUAGCCGUUGAGGCAAUUAAGUUGCAAACGACCUAUACUGAGUACUGUAUAUUCUCAGAUUUUGCGAUAGUAACAACGUCGCGAAUUAUAUAACGCGACGGUCGCGUUAUAUAAUUCACUGUUUACAGUUGAAUACAUAUUUCAACGACAACGUGAUAUGAAAAUUACGACGGAAGCAGAAUACAUCUUUGACCUUUUCGUCAGGUCAUCAUCUGUUUUUAUAAGCGUGGAUUGAAACGAGCUAUGAGAGUUGGCACUCGCAAGCUUGGUAUUAUGUAUUCUAUUGAAGUUAAAACAUAGUUGGAACAUUCAUUAAACCAUUAUUUUGUUCAUCUAGAGCUUGAAAUGUCCGCUGUAACAAUGUGUGACUGUCAACUCUCAUAAACUCUCGGUCUCGUUUGAUUCAACCAAUAGAAAUGUAUCCCACGGACCAAUCAGAAUUCACCAUUAAUAAGGCGGGAAAUCAUUUCGCCACAUUGAAAAACAAUCGCUCGAAAGGCGGAAUCGAACCGCUCCGACGCUAGUCGGCUACAGGUUUGAAGCCUGCACCCCACACCAGUGAGGCUCAUUCAAGCAUUAGGUAUACGAAACACAUUCGUAUCUAUAUACAUAUUCAUUACUCCUUACUACGCUUGUGGGAGGAAAUACAUCGGUCAUGCGCAGAAGUACUUUUCGAAAAAAUCGCUAAAUCUGAUCAUUUUAAUCCAAUUUCGGUUUCAAUGCAAAGGUGAACAUAACAAAUGUUGAUAUUUAUAUGAAAAAGUAAAUUUAAGAAUAUAUUGUUGUGUAUGUUACGUAACACGCGCUCAAAAAUAAUGAAUAUACUAUAAUAAACCAUUUGCGGUUCAUUCAAAAAUUUUAUUUUUUCGAUACGUUUCUCAAUCGGCAAACUUAUAAAAUAUGUCUAGUGCUUUAUCUGUAAAAUAAUGCUAAAAUGAAGAGAUUUUAGAUGGUAUGCCAAAGAGAAAAUGAUGUCUGAAGUUCAGCAAGUUUUGCUUAUAUUGCUGUAAAUAUGGCGUCACUUUUAAAGCAUCAUUGAUAAUUGUAUUUUACUAUGAUUGACAAUUUUUAACUAUUAUUUUAUGUUGCACAACCGGCAAAUGCAUUUAAAAAGGUAGCUAACUGUAUAAACUAGAGAAUAAAGCUAAAACACGUUGUUACAGUUCUGCAAACAAGUUUACAAAUCUGUUCACAAGCUAUCGACAAGUUGUGUUCGCACUGCUUGUUCCCAGUUGCUGUAACUUGUAACAAGUUUGGAACAGGCUGUUAACAACUUGUAACAAGCUUGAUGGCAUUAUCAGACUUGUUACAAGGUUGUUCUAACAAGUCUGAUACAGUCAUGAUAUAACAAGAAUGUUGCAAGGUUAACGACACCAGGUUGCAACAAUAUUGUUAUAUGAUGACUGUAUCGAACUUGUUGGAACAACCUUGCAACAAAUCUGAUAAUAUCAACAAGCUUGUAACAGCUGUUAACAAGUUGUUUCAUACCUAUUAACAACUUGGGACAAGCAGUGCGAACACAACUUGUUGACGGCUUGUUGGCAGACUUGCUACAAGAUGUGUGAUUUUUGCGUGCGUAUGAUAGUGAUUAGUGAAACUUAUCAGGAAAUUUAAAAGCACAUUUCACUGGAUAAAACUAAAUAAAUAUUGAAAGGCUUUUGUAGUUGAAAAUUUCGAGUAUAAAUUCUACGCACUUUUAGACUUAACCAGUAGCAACUGCAAAAAAUGCAACUAUAUAAGCCCUCUGACAGGCCUAUCUACAUUACUGUGUUUAUUUUCACUUAGAUUAAAAUUUGGGGUCCAAACAGUAAUUGGGCAAAAAUAAGAGAACUUCAGAGUUCCAAGUUUGCCGCGAGCCAAGAGGAUCGUGUUGUUAAAGUGACGAUAGUCUGGGGCUUACAGAAUCAAGAUCGCAGCCAAUGUCAUCAUACGGAUUUCAAAUGUCGGGGAAAGACCGUCUUCGAUACAAGUUUUGAUAUGAACUCCCCGCCAUGCCAAACAUCUAUUCUCGUAUGUAUAAAGAAAUUCAUAUAAACAAUUUUGACAGCUGUUGUGUAACAUGUGCAAACCCGCAAACGUUUUCUGUUGUUUUGAAACUAGAAAUUAUGUGACAAAAUGAAGAAUCCUUCACCAGAUGAAAUUGACAAACUUCAAUUGCGAAGAAACCAGGUGACAGGUGACAUUGAGAUGGAGUGUUUCAUAGCCAGGAUGGACGAAUACUUCAAGGUAUGGAAGACAUUUAACUCCAGCUCCAUAAUAUAUCUGACCAGCUCUCCUUCUUACGUAUCCAUACUAUCUCAGCGUUGCUUCCCUCGCCUUCUCUGUAAUGUCUACCACCACACAUCUUCUUCUGAUCUCUUCAUUCCAUAAUGUCUCUGACCAGUUCUCCUUCAUCUCUUCUUAUUACGUGUCCAUACCAUCUCAACCUUGCUUCCCUCACCUUCUCUGCAAUGUCUACCACCCCACAUCUUCUGAUCUCUUCAUUCCAUAAUAUCUCUGACCAGCUCUCCUUCAUCUCUUCUUAUUACGUGUCCAUACCAUCUCAGCCUUGCUUCUCUCAUCUUUUCUGGGAUGCCUACCACGCCACAUCUUCUUCUGAUUUCUUCAUUCUAUAAUGUCUCUAACCAGUUCUCCUUUGUCUCUUCUUGUUAUAUGUCCAUGCCAUCUCAACCUUGCUUCCCUCAUUUUCUCUGCAAUGUCUACCACCCCACAUCUUCUGAUGUUUCUAUUCCUCAUCUUGUUUUUCUUUUGAUAUUCAGGUGGAAGGAAACAAAACUGAAUACCUAACUCUUCCUUUCAAUAGUCAAAAAAUGAAAACGUUAAUGAAUGGCAAUCCUUUACUCUACAAUGUCUCAACGCUGUCAAAAGACUAUUAUCGAUUCUUUGAAGUUGGCGUAGGGUUUUUUUUAAGGAAUGGCUCUAAAUCUGCCUUUGUUAAUAAUUACGAUUAUAAAACAUUUAGUAAAUACUUUGGUGGGAGGAAUGAUAUCACCAGUUCAGGCACUCACGAUGGUGUAAAGUUACAAGGUACAGCAUAAGGUUUUUAAAUACCCACAUCUUUAACUAAACUAAGUUUAUUUAUACUGGAUAGCCUUAUCAGUUCUAAACUGUUCUUGCUAAAGGUCCAGUAAGGAUCAUCUCUUAUUGAUCCAUUGUUACUACUGAACUAAAACUAACUUUAUUUAUACUGGAUAGCUCUAUCAGUUCUAAACUGUUCUCCCUAGAGGCCCAGUAAAGAUCAUCUAUUAUUGAUCCAAUACAGUGUUACAACAGGAGGAAACCUAAACCAAACUAACUUUAUUUAUACUGGAUAACUCUAUCAGUUCUAAACUGUUCUUCCUGGAGAUCCAGUAAGAAUCGUCUAUUGUCUUUCUCUGGAAUAAUCUCUCUCCCACCAUUCGUAAUAGUUCAUCCGUUUCCUCCUUAUAAACAGACUAACUGUUCAUUACUCUUCUCUACUUCAUUCAUCUUUCGAUGCAAACAGAAUGCGCACUUGGAAAACCUUCUGUUCUAAGUGCCGCUCUUUCAACUUAAGCUGUUGUUCGUAAUUCGUCAUGUUUUCUGUAAAUUUUAUAUUUGUUAUCGUCUUUGAUUUAUGUUUGUUACAGUUUGUUUUCAUUAAGGUUGGUCUUCAUAUGGGGCUAUUCAUGUCCUGUUGACCAUACCAUAAAUAAAUAUCUUAUUGGGCCAGUGUUACUUGAAGAUGAAAUUCACUGGAGUUCCUGAUAAAAACCUGCAGUGCUUGGUAGAGUCAAACUGGAAGCGCUAUUUUCACAGAUGACUGAAUUCUCACACUCGUUUCACCAAAACCUAAUUAUUCAAUUUAUUCCUAGAAAAUGAAUAUGGCAACUCGCUGUUGUUUAUGGCGGUCGCAGUGAACACGACACUUCAGAUCUCGAAUCUUGGCUACAAAACUGGGCUACCUGUACAUGAUAGCUGGGAAAAUUUCAUUGAAACUCAGGUAUGUCUGUCGACAUGGUGAAAAAUCGAGACACUUAAUGGUGACUCUUUGGUGAACGUCAAAGAAGUUGACAAAUGUACAGGAACAACAAAUUAAUCAACACUCAAAUGCAAUACUACUACAUGAAAUGAAAAGAAUGAACAUUAUUCUUCCGCUCUUCAUUACCGUCUGCUAAUAGUUAAACCCAAGGUGGACGGGGUUGAGGACUGUUUUGUUUUUAUUCAUAGGCGUACGGGAAGGAAAUUAGGGGGCCGAACAAACGUUUCCCUGACCUUGCUGCGUAUUGCCCAACCAAUCAAAACUUUUUUCGCCCAAUUUAUAGACUUUUCAAUUUUAUUUAUUUAUUUAUUUAUUUAUUAGGGGGGGGGGAGGCAGCUUCCACUGGUCUCGUACACCUAUGGUUGUAUUCAAUACAUGUUAUAUUUGUUUUAUGUUUUUAAUGCAGAUGAAGACGAUGCCACCAUCUUGCAACAAAGCGUUUCAGGCAACUGUUGAAGGCUUCAAUAUUUGGCAUUGGUUGAAAGUACAGAAGGUAUGCGAUGCAAAAUUAUUUCUACACUUCGACAGUUCUAAACUGCUCUUUUUAGAGACUCCACUAACCAAUGUUGCCACAAUGAAUACCAUUGAACUACAAGUGUAAGCGGACACCUUCGGGACCUCAUCAAUGUGUGCGCUUAAAAGGAGUGCCGCUUAAUAGGGGUUUGGAACAGCGAAUACAGCAGGAGGUAACGCCCAAGUAAUUUAGGAACAGUAGUAAUCAAAGGUAAACGUGUCAACAGAGGGGCUUGUUUUGGUGUGGGACUUCCCUGCGAGUUCAAGAUUCGAGGAGACAGUUUUUCUUUCAAUUGCUUGAAAGACAAAUUGAAGAAAAGUUUGUUUUAGGAGAUUAGUUCAAGUUAUUAGCGUUUAUACCAGUAGAAAUACUGCAAAACAUUAAUAACAAAUAUGUGUCUAGUGAAGUUUCUUCAAAUUGAUUUUUACUACUGUUUGCGAUUUGCUGUGAAAAUUUAAUUUAGCAUAUUAGUUAAUUUAGCACAGCAGUGUCCGCUUCCGUUUAAUAAAUGUGUCUGCUGAAUAAGGGUUCGACUGUGAUGUUUUCCUCAUCUCUUUAAGAUUUUAAUCAAGAACGCCAUCCAAGGAAUUCUCGUUGGUCUCCUUCUCGCAUUGAUAGUGCUGGUCAUUGCAACAACCAACGUCAUCGUUGGUAUCCUGGCAACGCUCACCAUAGCAAUGAUCACGUGUAGCGUCCUGGCAACCAUCACGUUGUUAGGAUGGAAACUUGGCGUGCUGGAAUCUCUAAACAUGACAAUGGUAGUGGGUCUAUCCGUGGACUAUGUGGUGCAUUUAGCAGAAGGAUAUAUAGAGUUAGAGGGUGGUAAUCGGCUACAACGUACGAAACACGCGCUGGGACACGUGGGGAUAUCUGUGAUCUCAGGUGCAUGCUCGACUCUGGGAGCGGCUGUGUUCAUGUUCGGGGGAAAAAUUAUUUUCUUUAUGCAAUUUGGGAUCUUUAUAUUCGUCACCAUCGGCUUCUCUACUCUGUAUUCGCUGUUGUUCUUCAGCACUGUAUUGACUCUGAUAGGACCACAGGGAGACCAUGGCUCCAUUUUGCCCGCGGUUCGGAAAGUGAAAGACUUCGUUCGAGGCAAAAGUCAACAUGACGUAGAUUGUGACCAGUGUAAUGGGAAAGGGUAUCACAACAGAAACAAUGUCAAGGACACAGUCGUGGAAUGA